AUGCUCUGUGUAGAAGAGCAGGUCAGAUAUUGUAUUAUUUUCUCCAAUUAGGGUAUAAUCAGCAAAGGAUGCCUCUGGAUUUUCCCUCAGCAGCUUUUUAUUUGAUUUGAUUGUGUUUAUUAAAAACAUUUAGGGGUAGAUCAGCUUUAAUAUUGCGGAUAGAUUGUGGCUUCUAUCAAUGUAAUUCUCUGCACAUUUCCAAUCCCCCAUAUAUAUAUUUUAAAAAAUAUAUAUUCUUUAUUAUUUUCCCCUAACAGCUUUUGUUUAUGAUGCUGUUUAGAAUGUUCAGAGUUCUGUUCUGCUGGUAGAUCAAAUUGAAUGGACCAAGCUCCUGCUACUGUUGCCAUUGUUAUUUUUAGAAUUUGAGCAAUGAUGCAUGCAACUUGGUAAGCAGGGUUCUCGGGAAGCCGGGGUAGGCUGGGGAGAAGCACCGCUGAUAGCGGGGUUACUGGGAGUCUGGAAGGUUACCGUUGUGGCUUGCUGCCUAGUAGGUAGUCGGCGGAAUUGAUCCAACAAUGCAUUGAAGGCAUGGUCAUGGCGUUCCGCCAACGUAUGGAGUCCCUCCACAAGGUUAUGAGGUAACUCCUCGUGUCUUCCAAUGGUGGCUCCUUGGAGGGAGACAGCGUUGUGGAGCUGGUCCGAGUCAUGGGUCAGUCAUGGCCAGUUUGUACUAUCACGACUCAGGAUAUGAUCCAGAUGCAGACACAGGAGGCGGACAGUUAGAUUCUCCUAAUAUUUAUUGUAACAAAGGGGCAGGCAAAAGGCAGGUCGAGGGCAGACAGAGGUUCGUAAUCCAAGGCAGAGUCAAUUAGGGACAGAACGGCAGGCAGGCUCAGGGUCAGGACAGGCAGAAAGGUCAGAACCAGGAAGACUAGAAAACAAAAACUUGAGAACAGGAGAAACGGGAAACACACUGGUAAGACCUGACAAAACAAGAUGAACUGGCAACAGACAAACAGAAAAUGCAGGUAUAAAUACAAAGGGGAUAAUGGGGAAAAAUAGGAGAAACCUGGUGGGGGGUGGAGACAAGCACAAGACAGGUGAAAAAGAUCAGGGUGUGACAGCAAACUGAAGCAUAUCAACAUAUUAUUUUUUCCACAGUAAAGUUGAUGAAAUACUGUGCCAUUAUGCAGAAGUUUAAUUGUGCAGCCUUUUAACUUUCAGGGAUGGGCACUCUCGAAUGUCUUACUUAUAGGCUACUCCGACUUUCUCUGUUCCUAUUUCUAUCAUGUUAAAUAUUAGCCACUAUUAGUAUCAACCAUCAGUAGGCCUAAUAAUAACACAUAUUAAACUGCCAAUGUACUGUUCCCUUCAGUUGGUAUAGCCUACAUUAUCAAACCAUUUAAAAACAUGUUUCGUUUACCUUCAUUUGCUUCCUCUGUAAAAGCCGUCACGGCCAUGUGGUUGUUGCUGAGGAUCAUUAGUAACAGUUGAUCAUAUAAAAAAAAGACAUGUAUGCUAAUUAAAUCGUUAUGGAGCGGAGAGCAGACCAAGCCGUAACAGUUUGAACCAGACGCAUGGCGCAAUACUUGGCUGCGUCAUCACACAGUUCCAUGGUUAGUGCAGGCAAUAGACGAGGGUAUAGCCUACUAUUGUACACUGUUCUCCCUAUUAUAAUUAUAUGUACAAUAAUCUUCCAACAUUACUAUGGGUAACUGAACUGCAAUUUUUUGAAUUAAUCAAACUAUCGUUUUCUUUCUUUCAUAGGUAAAGGCUCUCUAAAUCCUCUAUAUAUCCUAUUGAGUCUGUCGACAAAAUUCUAACUAAAAGGUAUUUGUAUUUGUAUUUAUUAUGGAUACCCAUUAGCUGCUUCCAAGGCAGCAGCUACUCUUCCUGGGGUCCAGCAAAAUUAAGGCUGUUAAACAAUUUUAAAAACAUUACAGUACAUUCACAACAGAUUUCACAACACAUUAAGCGUGUGCCCUCAGGCCCCUAUUCUACUACCACAUAUCUACAACACAAAAGCCAUGUGUACGUGUGUGUAUAGUGCGUAUGUUAUCAUGUGUGUGUAUGCAUGUGUCUGUGCCUGUGUUUGUGUUGCUUCACAGUCCCCGCUGUUCCAUGAAGUGCAUUUGUAUCUGUUUCUUAAAUCAGAUUUUACUGCUUGCAUGAGUUACUUGAUGUGGAAUAGAGUUCCAUGUAGUGAUGGCUCUUUGUAGUACUGUGCGCCUCCCAUAGUCUGAUCUGGACUUGGGGACUAUGAAGAGACCUCUGGUGGCAUGUCUUGUGGGGUAUGCAUGGGUGUCCGAGCUAUGUGCCAGUAGUUCAAACAGACAGCUCGGUGCAUUCAACAUGUCAAUACCUCUCACAAAUACAAGUAGUGAUGAAGUCAAUCUCUCCUCCACUUUGAGCCAGGAGAGAUUAACAUUGACAUUAAUGUUAGCUCUCUGUGUACAUCCAAGGGCCAGCCGUGCUGCCCUGUUCUGAGCCAAUCACAAUAUUCUUAAAUCCCUCUUUGUGGCAGCUGACCACACGACUGAACAGUAGUCCAGGUGCGACAAAACUAGGGCCUGUAGGACCUACCUUGUUGAUAGUGCUAUUAUGAAUGCAGAAUAGCGCUUUAUUAUGGACAGACUUCUCCCCAUCCUAGCUACUGUUGUAUCAAUAUGUUUUGACCAUGACAGUUUACAAUCCAGGGUUACUCCAAGCAGUUUAGUCACCUCAACUUGCUUAAUUUAUACAUUAUUCAUUACAAGAUUUAGUUUAGGUUUAGUGAAUGAUUUGUCUCAAAUACAAUGCUUUUAGUUUUAGAAAUAUUUAGGACUAAUUUAUUCCUUGCCACCCAUUCUGAAACUAACUGCAGCUCUUUGUUAAGUGUUGCAGUCAUUUCAGUCGCUGUAGUAGCUGACGUGUAUAGUGUUGAGUCAUCCGCAUACAUACAGUAGACACACUGGCUUUACUCAAAGCCAGUGGCAUGUCGUUACUAAAUAUUGAAAAAGGUAAGGGGUCUAGACAGCUGCCCUGGGCUUCCAUUAAAGAACACCCUCUGUGUUCUGUUAGACAGGUAACUCUUUAUCCACAAUAUAGCAGGAAGUGUAAAGCCAUAACACAUACGUUUUUCCAUCAGCAGGCUAUGAUCGAUAAUGUCAAAAGCCGUACUGAAGUUUAACGAAACAGCCCCCACAAUCUUUUUAUCAUCACAUUUUCUCAUCCAAUCUGUGCUUGUUGAAUGUCCAUCCCUAUAAGCGUGCUGAAAGUCUGUUGUCAAUUUGUUUACUGUAAAAUAGCAUUGUAUCUGUUAAAAAAAAAUCCCAACGUUUACUAAAGGUUGGUAACAGAUAGGGCUGUGGCGGUGACCGUAUUACCCCCACACUGGCGGUCACGAGUCAUGAAGGCAGUCAACUUCCACUUGACCGUUUCGUCACGGUAAUUAGGCUUCUCCAAGCUCUGAUGCUGCUGAUGGUCAUUAGUAGCCUACCAAACUUGCUACCUGCCUGGUACUCAGCACUCUAUUGUCCCUCUAAUCACUCUGACAUCAAUGCAAAUGUGAUCGAAAAUCUAAUCAAACACUUCAUGAGAGCCCAUGAGCUCAUCUUGCGCAACAUUUCUAUAGGCGAUGCAAUUGCGCGAGAAAACAGAGUGUAUUCUUGAGGCAUAACACAGUUCUACUGUAUGGCCUACAAUCACAUGACAUUCUAACCUCCCUGACCUUAAUCUAACCCCACAGAUAACCAUGUUUUUCCUUCUAAAUGGUGACAGAAUGAGGAGACAUUCUGUUUCUGUUCAAUGUAAUUCAGUUCGGUGGUGGUCCUGUGUGGCUCAAGCAUUUCGCUACAUCUGCCAAAUGUGUAUGUGACAAAUACAAUUUGAUUUGAUUUGAUUGGUAUAGCAACAAUGGACUGUUAUGAAACGUGAGCUCGGUUCCCACUGGGGCCACCCACACAAAAAUGUAUGCACGUGUUACUGUAAGUCGCGUUGGAUAAAAGCGUCUGCUAAAUAUUAUUCAAGGUGUGAUGAAGGUGCAUAAUCAUUUGUGAUUUUAUCUGAACAUUCCUUAACAUUGUACCUAUUGCGGCCCUGAUAUUAUAUAUUUUUCCCCCAUAGCUGGAAUACACUGCCCGGCUGGAUUUCCUCUGGCGUGUUCAGGCCAAGGAGGAGAUCAACGAGAUGAAGGAGCUCCGGGAACACAACGAGAACAUGCUCCGGAAUAUUCUUCCAAGUCACGUUGCUCGUCACUUCCUGGAGAAGGAUCGGGAUAAUGAGGUCAGCUGGAAUUCUUUCUACCUUAUUUUCGUCUGAUAGACUGUUCGGUAUACUGUAUGUUCAACUUAAUAGUGUACCGUAUUUAAGGUCUUUGUAAUGUCUAAUGACUUGUGUGGUUCUGUGUAGCUCAGUUGGGAGAGCAUGGUGCUUGCAACGCUAGGGUUGUUGGUUUGUUUCUUGCUGGUGCCACUCAUAUAAAAAUAUAUGCAGAGCAUUGCUGUAAGUUGCUUUGGAAAAAAAUUACAUCUAUAUUAUUAUUAUUUUAUUUCAGUGUUAGGGUCAUACACAACCCAAUUUCAUUUGUUUUACCUCUACUUGAACCAUACUCAGGUUACGUUACAUUUGUGAUUUGGAGCAUGAAGAGGAGUUUUCACUUCUUUACUCAAUCAAAAUGACACUAUUGACAUAUUUCCCUACCGAGAGCUGUCGUCAAACAUUCAUCACAAUCGGUUCCAUAAAUCUCAAUGUAUGCUAAUUACGUAUGCCCGUUGAGAGCCGUAAUUGAUUUUCCGUCAAACUUCAGAUGGAAACGCCGAAAGAGGGUGGCGGUGGUCUGAACGGUCUGCCGUCAGGAUGCUUCCACGAAGUGCAGAGAGAGUAGAUUCAGUCAGCCAGAAAGCUUUAUAAAACAAGACACGCUUUUAUUCAUGUUUCAUGCAUUUAAUUUGAUGGUCAUAACAUGUUGUCAGUUGGGGGGAGAGAACCCAUUGAUCCACCCAUCCCCAUAUAUGAGUCAGGGACUCAGUGUGGAAGGCUUCCGAAUGUGAAAGGAAAGUUUUGAAGAAUAUACUUUUUUUUCAUUUACGGGGCUCUCCACCUGCUCAUUGAACCAUAAACACAUACAAAAAAACACAUAUAAACACAUACAACCUGGUCUUAGAGCAUUUCAUAUCAUUCUGUACGUAAAUCCGAGAUGCUCCAUCUAGUAUGAUAUGUUACGUUUCGUAUGGUUACAUAAGAAAAAUGGUUACUAAGGCAAAAACAAAAGAAUGGAGAUUGGCAUUUUAGCUAAUUAGCAACUUUUCAACUACUUACUACUUUUUAGCCACUUUGCAACUACUUAGCAUGCUAGAUAACCCUUCCCCUAACCCUAAACUUAACCCUUUUAGCUAACCCUAACCCUAACCUUUUAGCUAACCCUAACCCUAACCCUAACCUUAACCCUUUAACCUAACUCCUAAACUUAACCUUAACCCUAACCCCUAACCCCUAGCCUAGUUAAAGGUAGCAAGCUAGCUAACGUUAGCCACCUAGCUAGAAUUCUUAACAUAUCAUACGUUUUGCAAAUUCGUAACAUAUUGUACGUUUUCCAAAUCAGUUUCGUAAAUUCGUAACAUAUAAUACCAAUUGUAAUUUGUAACAUCCACAAAUAAUACAUACCAUACGAAAUGUAACAUAUAAUACUAAAUGGGGUGUCUCGGAUUUACAUACAGAAUAAUAUGAAAUACUCUGAGACCAGGUUGACACAUAACAUAUCAUGUUAACCAAUUUCUUGGGGGUCAAAGAAGCAGUGGAAACCACUACACACACAAAGGUUAUAACAUUCUGGUUAUGGCAAUAUAUAGAUCAUCUUUGGAUAUGAUCAGUUUAUGUAGGCUACUUCCCAUAGUCAAAUUCAGCAUGGGUUUACAACAGGGAUUAUCAACUAGAUUCAGCCACGGGCCGAUAUUUUCUUGAGCGGAUGGUCGGGGGGCCGGAACAUAAUUACAAAUCAUUUGUAGACUGCAAAUUGACCGCAAGAAUCCCAAACAGAUAUAAUGUUUGGCUAAAACAUAAUAAUUUCAAACCUUGCUUACGUCUCUCUACUAUGCGUGGGAAUACUUGGGAACAGAUUUCCAAAAUUAAAAUCAAUUGGAGCUGAUUUCCUGAUGUUUUUACAGUAUUUUAUGUCCAACAAUUAACAUUAUACAUUUUUUUUACAAUGUUGUUGUUUUUUUGCUCAGAAAACCUGUGGGGGGGGGGGCAAAUAAAACCACCCUCGGUCGCCAGUUGGGGAACCCUGGUCUACAAUUUGCUACAUUGAGUAUUGGGACGCAGCCAAAACACAGUUCUGGUACCAAGGUGCUCCGGUUAAGAAUACAGCAACAAAGUGUAUAAAGUUAUCCCCUCGCUUCAUCUGUUGCAUAGGUACAGUUCCAUGGGUAUUACAGACUGACAUCAAACAUUAACAACAUGCCACUGCUUCCAACCACCACCAACCACAGUUGAAUCUUCUUUACCAGCUUGCUUUAUUUUAACGGACGGCCUUAUUUCGAUGUUUAGUGGCUGAUGAGCACUGAGACGUUGUAUCUCUACAUUUCCUUCAUAACGCUAAUUUAGAAAAUGAUAAAAUAGUCGACAUGAUUCAUGUUUCAUUAUACUGUAUCUUUUCAGCUAAUGUAAGUUGACACACAUCAGUCCAAUCAAAGUUACCAGAGAAAAGACGUUGAUGUAUCGGUGGCCAAUGACCUUAAGCCUUCUUGGACGGGCACUGCCAAGGGGCACCCAAGGGGGCAGAAGCUGCCUUGGCCCUCAAUCGGCUCUCCCAGUAGGCGCUGCUGUGUUGUGAGUGACAUCACCCUUGAGCAAAUCACACGAAAAUAGAGAAGAUCAACGACGCCUACGCUCUGUGUUUUCUCUUGCUGCCCAGAAGGCACUGAGAGAGGCUGAAACAGCUGCAUUCUGAAGCUGCCUUACUCAAAUAAAAUUUACCAAAACAAUAAUAUGACAUGGAGGAGUUGAGUAUGCUGCUUUAUUAUCAGAAAGCAAUGAUUUUGUUUACAUUAUUUGCUAACUGAUAUAAUAUUGUGCUGCGAAUGAAUGUCAGAAUUGCAUGCAAAACAGCGCCAUUUGCUGGAUAGUAGUUGCCCUGAAUGAUGCGUCGUCACUGCAAAGAAGACACCCUUAUGUCCCAGGCGUGAAGUUUCCCCUAGGUGCAGAUCUACAAACCAGGGAGUCAAGAAUGCAACGCAAUGGGUUGAUUUCAUGGUUGAUUGUGAUUUAUCAGAGCCUGGUUUACUACAUUUGGUGGUUUUUACGAUGGCCGUUACUUGUUUAACACCAGAGUCUAACUAGCUUGUGAAAAUAUUGGUAAACUUUGCCCCAUAUGAAACUAACACAUCAGCAUUCACACACACACAGAGAGAGAGAGAGAGAGAGAGAGAGAGAGAGAGAGAGAGAGAGAGAGAGAGAGAGAGAGAGAGAGAGAGAGAGAGAGAGAGAGAGAGAGACACUAUGUAUCAAUUAAUCAGUUGAAGUACAAAACAUUGUGGGGUAUCAGACAAAUAAAAUAAAAAUAUUUAAGUUUAAUUUAGAGCAACAUUUAAUAGGAUUCAGAAAACCUGUACAUACACAGGAGGAGCAAAGGGCAUCCACUAAAUAAUUAAUGAAUCUCAUUGAGCCAGAGAUUAAUUAAUUAAACCAUAAUUGCGCAAUUGCCCACGUAUGAAAAAUAUACAUAACCUGUUACUAAGUUAACACAAUUAUUUACAGUACCAUUGUUUUAAUAAGCUUGAACUUUGACCCACUACUGCAUGAAUUAAUUACUAAUGUAGUAUCAUUAAAAGGACUGAUAACAUGUAUAGCUAUUUUUAGUCUAUGUAUUAUUCUAUCUGAAUGAAUGCCUUACCUACGUCAACUAGCAUGUUUGUGAUGUAUUAACAUUGCACCCUAGUGGUGAUGAUUUAAAAGUGCAACAUAGUUUGCUAAUGCAGUAGUAACGUCCCUGCUAGGGGCAAGUGUAGAACAAGAUGUGUGACGCUGUGAAUACCAGGACCUUACCACUCUCCUUUCAUCCACUCCCAGCUUUUAUGCACUUAAUACAAAAUUAUGCCAGUUAGAAGACGAUGCAUUAUCUAAGUAUUGUUCAUCUACAAGACUCUAACUAAGAUGAACUUAGAUCAACGUAGACCCCUUUCCUGCAGUCAAAUGACCAAAUCGCCCUCUAGUGGCCUCAUGGGUGGAAUAUCAUUAAUAUUUUUCACAAUUUCAUAAUUAAUAAAAAAUAUAUAUAACGCAGAAAAUCCAGUGUUUCAAUGUCGAACGGUUUUGUUAUAUUUCAGUCUUCUGUGAUGUAUAUAAAAUGUAAUAUUGGGAUGCAAACUCAAAAUGUAGUACAUUUCAACUCUAUAUCUGACAUGGUACACUAGAACCACCACAGCCAUUUUUGAGGCAUUAUGUGCCAUUAAAAUUCUACCGUUGUGAAAGUCAUGUCCCCUCUAUCCUUGACUUUUUCCAAAUAAGUGUAUAUAACUACCUGACAUUGUUAGAAUUCCAUUACAUGUCAUUUGAAUGGGGUUUUCCCUGCCCCUCUUUCUUUAAACGUACAUUUCCUACAUUUUGUUCCACAGGAGCUUUACUCCCAGUCUUACGAUGCUGUGGGUGUGAUGUUCGCCUCCAUCCCGGGCUUUGCCGACUUCUACUCCCAAACGGAGAUGAACAACCAAGGGGUGGAGUGUCUGCGCCUCCUCAACGAGAUCAUCGCCGACUUUGACGAGGUGGGGAACUGCAACAGUGUCCUUUUCACUGUCCUGCAAAAAAUGACUUUUAUUUUAUUUUAAAGUACACACUUCUGUUUCAGUGAUCGUAAAUGGGCUAGACAGAGUAAAGAGACUAUAUAUUUAAUUAUAAACCGGGUGGUUCGAGCCCUGAAUGCUGAUUGGCUGAAAGCCGUUGUAUACCACGGGUAUGACCAAAAAAUUACUUGUUUACUGCUCUAAUUUGUUGGUAACCUGUUUAUAAUAGCAAUAAGGCACCUCGGGGGUUUGUGGUAUAUGGCCAAUAUACCACAGCUAAGGGCUGUAUCGAGGCACUCUGCAGAAAUCAUUUACAUUUUUGUCAUUUAGCAGACACUCUUAUUCAGAGCGACUUACAGUUAGUGAGUGCAUACAUUAUUUUUGAAUUUUUCAUACUGACCCCCCGUGGGAAUCGAACCCACAACCCUGGCGUUGCAAACGCCAUGCUCUACCAACUGAGCUACAUCCCUGCCGGCCAUUACCUCCCCUACCCUGGACAACGCUGGGCCAAUUGUGCGCCACCCCAUGGGUCUCCCGGUCACAGCCGGCUACGACAGAGCCUGGAUUCGAACCAGGAUCUCUAGUGGCACAGCUAGCACUGCGAUGCAGUGCCUUAGACCACUGCGCCACUCCAGUCCGCCAUUUCCUGGUUGCAAAAAUUCUAAUGGUUUGCCUAAUUUCAGUUUAUGUGACAAAACAAGCAAACAUAGUGUAGAGAAUCAUUGUACCAUCUAAAUUGCUGUGAAAUAUAUUUUCCAUAACCAAAAAUAUUAUAUUUUCAGCUAUUUGAAGUUGUACAAAACCGAAAGUAAAAGAUGCAAAAACAAAACUUAAGAACGGGAAGCAUAGAAAUAGCGCACAUAGAACAGAUCUACCGCUUCUUAGACUUGCUUUCAAUGAGAAUGACUGAUCUAUAACUCACAUUUCUAUGUGAAUCUGGUCAGGUCGCCCAGAAAGUUACAUAGUGUAGCUUUAACUGUCAUUUUUGGAAAAGCAAAUAAAAAUAUUUUUAUAAAAGUCUAUUUUUUUAUCCCACUAACAUAUAAAUGUUUUUGAACAGCUGAAGCUAGAUACACAUUAGUUUAGUCAUACUUAUCUUACCUUAUAAGUGUUUACUUUGCAGGCUGACUAGCAUCUACAGUAUUUAGUUGCAAUAUCCCAUAAAUGAUGUAUGCAAUGCGACUAUUCAAACUCUCAACAGUAAGUUGAUAGCCCGACUGCUUUCCCAAAAAACACACUUGAGGCCAUACAAAUUGUAUUAAGUGUUUAACGGAUUACAUUUUUUUAAAAGUGAUGCAAGCCAGCAAAUAUAAAAUGAUAGUUUAGUCAUACUUAUCUUACCUUAGAAGUGUUUACUUUGCAGGCUGACUAGUUGCAAUAUACCAUAAAUUGAAUUCUGAAAUCAACUUUUUAACAGAUUUCAUUUUUUGAAAAGUGAGGCGAGCCAGCAAGUAAAAAAUUAAGAAAUAAAAAAGUUUUAUUUUUUAUCCCACUAACAUAUGUUUUAUUUAAUUCACUCAUCAAAAUGACACAUUGGGGAUGACAAUCAAACUAGUCAAACUAUCAAAAUAAGCAGGGAAGGCCAGCCACUCAAAAAUGGGCUUGUUGUUGGGCUUUUGCAGUUGACAGUUGUGCUAGUCAGAUGCAAUGGUAUCAAAUGUUUUAAAUUAAAGGUAUCACUUUGCUUCAACAGAGUACAAAAACUAGUUUGCGAUCUUUCACUAAACGAUUCAUAUCGUUUUACAGAGUAUCCUGGUGGAAUGGGUGGUAUCUGACAAUGAGAUUCUGGUCUAAAUCUGCCAUAGAACCGUGUUAUUCACAGACGGUGUCAAUGUCACCAAAUGAGGCCAGAACAAGACACAAACCAGCUGCAGUCGACUAAUGCCUCGCCUCUUUGGACAGGAAUAGACUUGCCUUUUCCCAACUUGAAAUUUGCCCCAAGACACAGCACAUACUUAGGUAGCAGCUGCAGAGCGGCACAGUGGAUGGCUGAAGAAACACUUUUAUGUGAUAUGGCGUCGCUUUAUAAGUUGCUAAUGGGUUGUUUGGUAUAAUGAGUUGAAUACUGUGUGUUGACAUCAAUCACGCGAUUGAUUGACCAAAUCUUGUUUACCCUUUGGAGUAGUGAUGCGAUAUUGAGCACAGUUCAUUAACAAUGGACUGCUUGUGUUUCUUCUCUCCCCCUGUUCAUCUUUGUUUUUGUGUAGCUGCUCGGUGAGGAACGGUUCCAGGACAUUGAAAAGAUUAAGACUAUCGGCAGCACCUACAUGGCAGUCUCCGGACUGUCACCAGAAAAACAAGUGAGCAAAAUCAAAAUGUUGUGGUUCAGUAUUUCGUGGCCAUAUCCUGACUUGCAUAAAAGCUAUGUAUUAACACUGACACCAUUGAUUUGUGCUGUUACCUUGUACAUGCUGUAUAUAUAGGUGCAGUAGAAAGGCAUGUACAAUUUGUGCACAAGGUGUAACAAGACAUAAAACGCAGACCUUGACCCUUAUUUCUAAAGAGGGAGUAUUUUAUCUGUACAUCAUCAUGUGUGGCAUAAUCCUGACUCCAUUUGACCCUGGUAGCACUAUAAUCUCAAUCUGUUCCAUUUUUGUGAAUCUGAUUCAGUUUGCACUGUCAAUCUGGUUUGGGUUCUCUCUGAUGUCACUCUGAUUCUUGUCCCUCUCUGUGUUCAUAGCAAUGUGAGGACAAGUGGGGUCAUCUGUGUGAGCUGGCCGACUUUGCUAUCGCCCUGAACGAGAGCAUCCAGGAGAUAAACAAGCACUCCUUCAACAACUUUGAGCUGAGAAUCGGUAAGAAAUCCCAUGUGCUCCCUGGCAACCACUCAAAAUGAAUAGGCUAUGAAAGAGUGUUUGAAAUUCAUUAACAUACUGUAGUUUUGUCACUAGGUGGAGCUAACUCUUCUAAAACUCUCACUCGUCUUUCUGUUCCUCCCCUUUAUCUUCCCUUUUUUCCUUCAUUUUCCUCCUCUUCCCCCUCCUUCUCCUUCUCAGGCAUGGCACACGGCUCGGUGGUGGCGGGUGUGAUCGGCGCCAAGAAGCCUCAGUACGACAUCUGGGGCAAGACAGUGAACCUGUCAAGCCGCAUGGACAGCACGGGCGUGAGUGGCAAGAUCCAGGUGCCCGAGGACACCUACCUGAUCCUGAAGGAGCGAGGAUUCGCCUUCGAAUACCGUGGCGAGAUCUACGUGAAGGGCAUCAGCGAGCAGGAGGGCAAGAUCCGCACACACUUCCUGAUGGGCCGUGUGCAGCCCAACCCGCUCAUCAUGCAGCCGCGCAAGCUCCAGGGCCAGUACUCGCUGGCGGCCGUGGUGCUGGGCCUGGUCCAGUCACUCAACCGACAGAAGCAGAAGCAGAUCCUGAAUGAGAACAACAACUCGGGCAUCAUGAAGGGCCACCACCACUACAACAGGAGGACGUUGCUGGCCCCUGGGGGGGCCGAGGUAGGCCAAGCCGAAGUGGCAGAUAAGACUGAGCUGCCCUGA